AUGCCGGCCGAUAUUGAUCGAUCAACGCAAUAUAGCCCAUCGAUAGGUCUUCUAUACAUCUUUAACCUUAUCGUUGGUACUGGGGCAUUAGCACUACCGAAAGCAUUUCAAACAGCCGGUUAUGCUCUUAGUGUACUUAUACUUCUGAUCUCUUGCGGUGUCAGCUACAUAGCAGCAACCUUCGUUGUGGAAUCACUGUCCGUAGGAAAUGCUGUUCAUGUACGAAAACGUCGGCGGGAAGCGGAACCAGCAUCCGAAUUUGAUGAUGUGGUUAUCUCAGAGAGUGGUCCAUCUUCAUUUGAAAUCAAUGAAAAAAUCGAAGUCAGUCAAAUGGCGUCAAUGUUUCUUGGUCGUGGUGGAGUGAUUUUUAGCUAUAUAGCUUUGGAUGUUUACCUUUUUGGUGAUCUCGCUAUCUAUUCUACUACGGUAUCGAAAUCAAUGAUGAAUAUGAUAUGUUACAGCGCAAGCGUCAAUACAUCUAUCGUUAUGCCAUGGGAUCCAUGUCGUGAGAGUUGGCCUGAUCCACUCGAUCGUUUUACAGUGUACCGAUUAUGUGUAUUCGUAUUCGUAGCGGUUUGCACUCCAAUGAUUAUUAUGGGUAUUACAAAGACAAAAUAUUUGCAAUUAGCAACAACUUUAUCUAGAUGGUCUGCGUUUAUUCUCAUGAUCUUUCUCGCAUCGGCACAAAUAGUAUCAAAUGGUGCAGCAACAAUCCCUCCAGCAGCGAAUAUUCAUGGAUUUGGUUCGCUUUUCGGUGUAGCUGUUUAUGCUUUCAUGUGUCAUCACAGUAUACCUUCUCUUGUUACACCUAUGAGCUCAAAAUCUGGUAUUUUUGGGAAACUUUCAUGCGUGUACCUACUAGUCCUAUGUUUUUACUUUACGCUUUCCCUUACUGGAUCUUUUGCGUUUGCGCAUGUACAGGAUGUAUAUACUCUCAACUUCUUACAUGAUGACUUAACUUCGGUGUUCUAUUUCAUUUGCGAUCAUUUUCUUGCACUAUUUCCUGUUUUCACUUUAACUACGAAUUAUCCUAUUGUUGGUAUAACUCUUAUAAACAAUAUUCGAGUUUUACGGGAUUUGAUUACACCGACUGAUUCAUUACAAUCGGAGGAAGAGUCCUUAUUGGAAGAUGAUGGAGAACAUGAUGAUAGAGCAAGAAGAAGCAAUCGUUCUCUCCAGGUUUCUGAUGUUCUCAUUCCGUUUCUAGUGAUCGGAUUUCCAACAAUGAUCAGUUUUUUCACCGAUAACGUGUUAAUGCUGGCUACUGUUACAGGAUCAUAUCCGGGUGUUGGAGUCCAAUUUCUGAUUCCGUGCCUGUUGGUGAUGCGUGCACGAACGUAUGCUAAAAGCGUUCUGAACUUUCCGGUACCGAAAAAAUUUGCCAGUCCUUUUCAAUCCAACUAUUGGCCAUAUGCGAUAUUUCUUUGGGCUGCAUUUGCUAUAAUUAUGGCUACUGUUAAUACUCUUGGUGUUCGAUUCUAG